AAAUUUACUCUGAUUGGUCUUUGACAUAUCGAAGGCGGAAGUAAACGCCAAUAAGUCAAAAUGGGUACUCGCGUGAAGGUCUUACGCGUGUUCAAGUCGCUGCACAGAACGAGGAUGUCUGUGUUCAAAGAUGACGAGAGAGCACUGACAGCUGCAAAGUCAAAAAUCAACGAGGAGUUCUGUAAAAAUAAACAUGAAUCGUCAGAAGAAAACAUUCAGAAGAUGAUCCAAAUGGCCUCAGAUGUGGAAACAGUCCUACGCCAGGGCGUCCUUCAGAUGGAGCACGUUGACAACGGAAGACUCUUGCUUCGACCAAGAGAGGAUCUUCUAUUAGAAAAUGUUCCCUAUUGUGAGCAGCCCAGAAAAAAGUCAUGACAGGACAACUGAUAACAAAACAAGGAAAGGGACUCGUAUGGAGACAUAUCUGUCACAUUUCAUUUGGAUCAAGAGCUGCCAAAUAAGGUCAUGGCCACUACAUGGAAAAAAAAGUUGGUUUUGCUGGAGGCGUCAUUAAGUUAAUGUCAUAAUUCAUUUGUAUUGUGCAAUUAUAUUAUAUUAAAUUGAUUUUUGUCUGCUUUAA